ACAAACGAAAUAAACUGGUCGUUUAAUCGAUUUAUGAUCCUUGUACGCUCGCCGACUGUGGAUAUGAGUCGGUGCCGGCCGGGGUCACGGCUACGAAUGUCUCCAGCUUUUGUUUUGCACUGGUAGAUAUUUCCAACUAAUGUUCCUCAACCGGCUGAGUUCAAUAGGAGAUUGAUCAGAACCUCCACCCAAUCAUUGGUUGUUCAAUCCACCAGAGGGGGUACCCUGGCUUCUGCACUCUGGCCGUGUGGUUUCUGCUUCGAUCGUUUCCAACAGCAACUUGCGGGUUACAUAAAAUUGCCGCGAAAAAUGUAUCCAAAUGCUUAGCAGAAAUAAAAGCAGACCAUGGGGAUUCAAGGAUUACUGCAGUUUGUUAAGGAAGCCUCAGAACCAAUUCAUAUCAAGAAGUACAAAGGACAGACUGUGGCAUUGGAUAUGUACUGCUGGCUGCACAAAGGAGCUUUUGCAUGUGCUGAUAAAUUAGCACAAGGAGAACAGACUGAUCAAUAUGUCAAUUAUUGUAUGAAAUUUGUUGAAAUGUUGGACUCAUUUGGAGUCAAGCCAAUCUUAGUUUUUGAUGGAUGCACUUUACCUUCUAAAGAAGCAGUUGAAAAGGCUCGAAGAUUACGUAGGCAAGCAAACUUGCAGAAAGGAAAGCAGUACCUUCGCGAAGGGAAGACAAAAGAAGCUAGAGAGUGUUUUACCCGGUCUGUCAACAUAACAUCUGCCAUGGCUUAUGAAGUCAUAAAAGCAGCAAGAAUGAGGGGAAUGGAUUGUAUUGUAGCACCUUAUGAAGCAGAUGCUCAAUUGGCUUACUUAAAUAAGAUUGGCAUUGCUCAAGCAGUUAUUACAGAAGAUUCAGAUCUGUUGGCAUUUGGAUGUAAAAAGGUUGUACUGAAAGUGGACAAGAAUGGGAAUGGCAUAGAAAUUGACAGAGCUCAGUUUGGCAGAUGUAAACAGCUCGGCAACAUAUUCACUGAAGAGAAGUUCAGAUAUAUGUGUAUUUUAUCGGGAUGUGAUUAUUUGGCAUCUAUUCAUGGAAUUGGUUUAGCGAAAGCAUGCAAGCUUCUAAGGAUUGCAAACAAUCCAGAUAUCAUUACGGUUAUUAAGAAAAUGGGGCAAUAUCUGAAGACAAACCUGACUGUUACAGAAGAAUAUAUAGAUGGAUUCAUUCGGGCAAAUAACACAUUUCUAUACCAAUUGGUGUUUGAUCCAUUGAAACGGAAACUUGUUCCUUUAAAUGCUUACUCAGAUGAUGUUGAUCCAGAAGUACUUGACUAUGCUGGGCGUCAUUUUGGUGAUGAGAAGGCUCUUCAUAUAGCUCUUGGAAAUAUAGAUGUCAGAACAUUGGAGACCAGAGAUAAUUAUAACCCGUGUAGUUUCCAGACUCCAGCGAAAAUUACUCUUGGGAAAAAUGACAAAGCAGUGACGAAGCAGGAACUGCCACAUAUGCUUAGUAUAUGGAGUAAAGAGUACAGAACAUGUGAAAAUCAACUUUCAGUCCCAAAGGCACAAAUAUCACCAGAAAGACCCUGCACUCUGGGUAAAGAGAAAAUUAUCAACAUCAAAAGAUUAAAACUUUCCAAUAGAGAGAUGAUGGCUAAAAGAUCAAGAGAAGAUGAAGGCAUUUCGGAUGGAGAUUUGUUAAGUCAGUACUCCUUUCCAAGUAGCAAAAAACAAAUUAUUGAAAAGUGCCUAUCUCCACAAUCUCCUUCAGAAGAGGAGGAAUCCUCAUCAGUGGGCCACUCAGUCAAGGAUGAAAAUCCAAGGCCUCAUCACAAGAUACGGAAUCGGUUUGCUACCAUUUUGCAAAAGAGAAAUCAGGAUUCAGGUGCCAUUGUUGUUCCUGGAACCAGAAGCAGGUUCUUCUGUAGUCCCAAAGAAGCUUGUGUUGUAUCUGAUCAAAAAACUGGAACCAAAGCAUUACCUGAUGCAACAGGAAAAUGCAAGGAUUUUAACUCGAUUAGUUUUUUUAAUAGUGAGGAAAAUAACACCUUUACAAAUAUAAAGAAAAAUGAAUGUGAGCAAUAUGAACAGUCCCCUGAACUUUUGAACACUAGUCCUAAUGCCAAUACAACUCCCUCAGAUUUGAAUUCAGUGGCCAGAAGACGUUUAAGUGCUUUCAGUUGGUCUGGAGGUCUGGAAGAAAAAUCGAGGAUGCCCAAUCCUGCUGCUGAUUUAUCUGUAUUGCAGCAAUUCUGCAGAAAGGUGGGAUCUUCACCUGUAAGUGGAUAUAAUGAGAGCAAAGUACAAAACAAUCGGAGUGCAAUCCAGAACAAGCCAAGCCUGCUAGAACGAUGUGAGGAAUCCUUAGAUGAAAACUCUGAAAUGAUGGCCUCUCCACAAUCUCCUCUUGGUGUUAGUUCUUCUCUGGACAGUUCUUGCAGUGGUUUUGAUUCUUUGGGCUCUUCUCAAAAGUCGAGGAAUUCUGAUUUGGAUGAAACUAGUAACAAAGCAACAUCAUGUGAUCAAGUUUGCAGUCCUGUCACAUUGCCAGAAUUAUCUGUAACUGUAAAGCACAGGGUACCUGGGUUACAAAAGCUGAGCCCUGGAUCUUUAAGCAUGUCCACUAAACUGAAGCUCCCAGGACCAGCCAAAGCCAGUGGUUUAAACAAAAGAUCACUGUCACUACAGAGAAGGACAUUUGCCCCAAAUAAUGAGAACAAGCCUGAACUGCAAGCAACAAUCCAUGAUUUAUGGCAGAAGUUUGGAUUUAAGGGGGAGUCCAAGAAGCUUCAAUCCAGUCAAAAAUCUGACCCAAUGUCUCCCGUAAAGGACAACUUACAAAUAUUGACCCCAGAGACUGAUCAAAGUAUUUUAUUGAAAUCCGAAUGUAGUUCUGUUCAAAGGGCCAUACAGUGGUGAGGAAAUCCAUGAAGAUAUUUAAACUUGCUUCAAUUUACCUAGGAAUAUUUAACCAUAACAAGUUUCUUUAUUUUAGCCAGAAUGAAAAUAUAGAGUUGGUGUGGUGCAAGGUGCUACAUACCUGCCACUGAUAGAAAAUGUGCUUGAUGUGUAAUGGCAGUUACUAGUAUUAAAUCUUUUAUAAUGUAUUUAAUGACUGAA